AUGGCGUUCUACUCGACAGAAAAGGCAGCGAUUGUGCUGGACAUUGGGUGCACACAUGUCCGUGUGGGCCUUGCCGGUGAGCCGUUUCCCCGGGCGACGCUGGCGUCGUCGCUGGCACUGCCUGACGGACGGGUGCUGUCACUGGCGGUCGUCCGACCGACACACUUUCAGCGGGGAUCGGAUCCCGAGUGGCGGGAGGCGACUGCGCUGUGGCUGCGGAGUCUAGUAGGCGAAACGCUGCAGGUUGAUCCGACUGAGCGCCGCCUGGUGGUAGCCGAGGACGUGUCGACGCCAUCGCGCUUUCGCAAUGCGCUGGCCCAUGUUGCUCUCGCCGAGCUGGGCAUGGUCUCGCUGCUGAUGCAUCCUGCCGGCGCGCUGGGGCUGCUGGCGCUCCGGCUGCCGACGGCUCUAGUGGUUGACGUCGGCGGAGCAGCGGCGCGGACGCUACCUGUGGUUGACUCGAUGCCGCUGCUGACGGUGGCCCGCGAGUCCGAUGCCGCCGGCGCGCUCAUCGACGCCAACAUUGGCCGGCUGCUGCGACAGCACGCCAAGAUCCGCCCGCCGUGGGCACCAGCGCACGAUCUGGGCGAUCUGCCGGGCGACGAGACGGAUGCGUGCCUGGACGACCCUGCGUGGCGCGAGUGGGCGGGCGCGGCGUUGGGCAGCAGUGGCGGGCGCGGCGGCGACGAGCCGGGCGAGCUGCCGCGGGACGUGGUGGAGGACUUUAAGGUCAAGGCAUGCUUUGUGCGACUGGGCGAGGGCGACAAGCUGGAUGCCGGCGCCACGCCGCCGCCGGAUACCAGUGCCGACGUGCACCUGAGCCAUGGGCUGGAGACAGUGUACGACAUCCAGGGCUGCGUCCGCGGCCUGGCCGCCGAGGUUCUUUUCCACAGCAAUAACGCGGCGGAGAUUGUGAGUCUGCCCGAGCUUGUGCUCCUCACGCUGGUUGCGGCGCCGAUGGAUGUCCGCGGGACGCUCGCGCAGAACAUUGUGGUCAUCGGCGGCUCUGCGUCACUGCCUGGCCUGCACCGGCGGCUUGGCUUUGAGCUCGAUGCGCUGGUGUCGUCGGAUGGGCGAUUCCGCGAGCUUGCGCCGCUUGCAGGGCGGUUUCGGUUUGUGCCGUCACCGCACGGGCCGGACCACCUGGCAUGGACGGGCGCGUCGCUUGUUGGCGCCAUGACCGAGUACCUGCCACAAACCUCGAUCUCGCGCGACGAGUAUCUGGACGAGCCCAAGAUUCCCGACUGGUCUGUGGUGGGCUCGCAGGCGGACUUUGCGCAUCUCUUCCACGACCUGUGAGGCGUGUGAGGCCGGGCUGAACAAAGCUGUGGAUGUUACUGGCUCGU